GGCAGCCCUGUGACUGUGACGCAUCAUACCUUGAGAUGUACUUGCAGGGCUGAGCAGAAAUCCAACCUGGGAUAUCCAAGACAGCAUUACACACUCCUGUACUUAUCACUCACACUCAUUUCUAUGUUGGCCCUGGUGGAAAGGGUUAGUCCGAGCCACCAUACCACACCCUAGCAACUUUGGCAAGUAGGUAAGAGGUGAUUAUGUUGUGCAAAUUUGUUGCAUUCAAACAGUUAUUUAUAUGUGCUUGUUGAAAUUGAUUUAUAUUUCAGUGUCUUUAUCAUAAAAUUAUUAUUAAGACUGGAUAACAUGGCUACCUAAAGUUAAACAUUCUUCGUGUGCUUAUGGAAGACAGUCACAUAAUCAGUUUGGGAUAUGGUAAAGUUAUUUUCGUAUGAGAAAUGUGUCAGCACUCCGUCUUUUGUAUUGUCUGAUUACAGCAUUAUAAAUUAAUAUUUUUUAAAAAAUUUCUGUUCUGUAUUUUCACUAAAGGUGAGUUCAGCAAAGGAUGCCCUCUUUAUUUUCUGAAUUUUUCUUCUUGAUAAGAGAACAACUAUCUUUUGAAAUAGUAUUAGAUUGAGAGGUGUUUUGUGAACCAAAAUCUAAAGUAUCAUUUUGAUCAAUAGUAUGUGAUGUAUAUAUUUGUUGUAUUCUUUUAUUAUUUUUUACCUCAGCUUAUUUUCAGAUAAUGAGACACAAUGGCCUAUCAGCAGGUCCACCUUACUCCUGAUGCCAUCAGUGAAGAUGAAUCAAACCUUUUAAAGUUAAUGAAGAUGGGACAUGGUAUAGCACGUUCAGUCCUGUACAAGAUCUUUCUUUGGGGAACAAAGCAGAAGGAAGAUGAAUCUGUGGAACAUUAUUUACUCAAUACUCAGGGAUACUCCAAGGAACGUUACAAAAAAUAUUUUGACCUAUAUCAACGCCAAAUAUUGUCAGAUAAAGAUAAAGAAUGUGAAUUUGAUGUAACAACUUUAUUUAACGUGAUCAGACAUACAUGUGAUAAACUGGAGACAACUCCUGAUGUUUGGAAAAUAGAAAAUGAUAAUAGAUUAGAAGGGCUUGUAACAGCAAUAAAAAAAUUUCGGAAUGAUCACAGUCAUAAAUUUGUUGGAGUUUCAUUGGAAGAGAUGAUUGUAAGAUCCAGACACUUGAGGGAUCUGUUAGAGAAAGCUUUGAUGGUGGCUGGAAAUCUGUAUGACAAGUCUGAUGAAGCUGUCCAAGAAGUGAAAAAAAUUGAGGAAGCAAUUGAAGCUGUCAGGAGCCAGCAGUUAAUCAAAUCAGAUAUUGAUAGUUAUGGAGCAAUUUUAGAGAAUGAAAAGCUAAAAUAUUUCUUGAAAAUAGAAGGUGCUAAAGAAUUAAGGGAAAAAUAUAAAGAUCUGUGCCAACUCAACCCUGUUUAUUUCUUAGAGAGCGAAGGAGUGCUUCUUGAUGUCAGUAUGGUCUUCACACAAAUUGAAGUGGAAAAUGCUGGAAAAAAGGCAAAAGGUUUUCAUGUACCAUGCCAUGAGAUUCUGACAUUUUGCAGGAACAAUAAUACAUUGAAGCAUAAUGCCAAUGUAGAAAGUCCUGAAGCUUAUCUUAUUGAGGGCCCAGCAGGAGCUGGCAAAACAACCCUAAUGAAAUAUUUUAAGUCUGUGUGGUUGAAUAAGAAGAAAUCCAUAUUAGGUCUUGAUGAGUAUGAUCUCCUCUUAGUUUUUGAGUGCAGGAACACCUCACUCUCAUCUUUUUCUCAACUUCUGUGUCAGCUGAUGCCUAAGACAAAUGCCACAUAUUUUAGAAAAGAUGAACUUUUGAAAUUCACUCUUGAUUUGAAGACACUUAUUUUAGUAGAUGGGCUAGAUGAACUGAAUUCUUAUUCUGAAAGAGUAUUCUUAGAUAUAAUAAAUCAAAAUAAUAAAAAUCUAGUUGUGUUAUGUACAUCACGUCCAGAAAAGGCAAGGCAUUUCAAGAUGCAUGUGCCUUCCACAUUCCAUACUGCUCAUCUCAAGAUCAUUGGCAUUGCUGAUAACAGAAAGGAAGAAUUUGUUAGGAGGUAUCAUGAAGAAAUGUGGAAGCAUGGCAGAAGCAAGCAGGAUACAGAGGAUCUCAUUAAUUACAUUAAGAAUUCUGAAUCUCAUCUCAAGAGUCAUUAUCGACUGCCCCUUAACUUGGUAUUACUCACAUGGCUCUGGGCUGAUGACCCCCGUGAAGUAACUCCUGUAACAACAUCUUGUGAAUUGUACAUACAGACACACAACCUCAUGAAAAAAAAACUUUUGGAAAGACUAAUCCAUCAUAAAGAUACUUGUGGUGUUGAUUAUCAAGACUUGCAGGAAAAAAUUAAGGAUGUUAUGUAUAGUAUCUAUAAAGCAGCUCUACUAUCUCUAAAUGAAGAUGCAAUUGAAUAUUUGUUACCAAAGACUGUGGAUCAAAUUAAGGUCACAUGUACAGCUAACAAGUUGCCUGCCAGAGAGACUCUGUCUGCCUUUUUUGUAAUCAAGGUCGUAGAAGAAGAAGAAAAAGUGAGUGUACCACACAAACUUCUUCAUGACUUUUAUGCAGCGCAGUGCAUAGUGCAGAAUUUAUUCAAUGAAAACCAAGAAAGUAAAAUCAAGUCUCUUAUGCAAAAGCUAUCUGUGUUUUUGAACAUGGAGGAUGUUGAUCCUAUAAUGAAACAGGCUCUUCUUAGUAAGGCUGCAUUGACCCCUACUGCUCCAAAGCCAGGUUCCUUGAAAGCUGUGAUUGAUGAUCUUUGCAUCAGAGAGUCUGGAAAAAUGAAUAAAUACCAGAGCAUGUUACUACAUGUGGCAGGGAUAAUUUAUGCCUUACAUGGUCCUGAAGUUCGAGAAUGGAUUGCCAAGGAAAUUGUUGAAUUAUUAAAAGAGUCUGAACUUGGUGUAAGAGAUGACAAUCAGUGGUUUGACCUUUGUGAACUGACAAAGAAUGAACCAAUUGUCAUCAGCCAUAUUUCUAGACACAUAUCAAAAAGUAUAACUAUAACUGAUAAACGUAUAGGAGCAGCUCUUCUCAUGUUGCAAGAAGCAAGGCCCAAAGAAAUCUCUGUUAGUAUUUGCAGAAAAACCAGAGAUAUCCCAGAAUUACAAGACUUGAUGACUAGAAUUGCAGAUGUUGAAUCUCAGCUAGAUUUGAGUUUUUGGGAGGACUUCUGGGAGCCUGACUCCUUACCCAGCAAUGAUCAACAAGUUCGGACUGUCUCAAAAAGAUGUAAUCUUGGGAAGGUGGUGUGUCAUGUGAGUGGAAGCGUCCUGGCUGAGAUGCAAGGUACAAAUGUCUAUCUGAAUUUGGCUGUGACCAGUGAUGUGGCUGCACAAGAAGUCAUGGUCCAGCUUUGCAACUUGAGGCCAAACUUAAAGGUUAAUGGAUUAUGCCUACAUUUAACUACUGAUGUAUCCCCUGGAGUCUUGAGGAAGAUGGAGGACAUUGGCAUGUUGUGCUUAGCUGUGAGUGGAGUGCAGGAUUCUAGCAUCAUGGCUGUAUGUGAGAUGGCAAAGGCUGUCAUGCCUCCAAACUCUAUCUUGAUGGAUCUCCGAUUUCCACGGGCAGAAGUCACAUAUUUGGGCUGGGUUAAUUUAUUGAAGACUGUGAAGAAGGCUCGGAUAGGUGUUGCCCAUAUAUCCAUCCCAGAGGAAGUAGUGUUGCUGCAGAAAGAACAUGAUUGGCUUGAAAAUUUUGCUCAUAAAAAAAUAGCUAUAAGAUGUGCCUUUCGCAGACUUGGGAAGGAGCAGAUGCAUGAGGCAUCAUUUUCUGCCAUUUAACAAGCCUGGAAAUAACUGAUGAAAUUGAAGUUGGUAAGUUAAGGAAUGGUUUUGAAGUAGAGAAUUAAAGAAAAUGGUAACACAUGGCUCACUGCUUCUAUAGCAAGGUUCUUCAAAGUACAGACUGGGACCCAAUACGGGGUUGCAAUCUCUUAUUCAGUGGGUUGCUAUGUUGUAAACAGAUAUAUGAAGAGUAAUUCAAAAGUAGUAAUGUGUAUGUGUGUAUUUACCUAGUUGUGACAUUUGGGAGAGAAGCUGAAGUUUUUCGUCCCAUCUUCAUAACUGUUUUUAUCAAAUUUUUCCUUAAAAGCACAAACCAUCUCUCCCUUCUGUCUAUUUCAUGCUUUGGAGUUCUCCGAGGGAAGAUAAACUUCUUUGUCUCUUCUGUAGAUGGUUGUUUUUUAGUUUUCUUCCAUGUCCCCCUUGUUUCUUUGUUGCUUCAUCCCACUUAGUGAUCUCUAAAAUGCUAAAAUGUUACCUAUGUCUCAUUUCCAUGAUUGUGAGUUGCAUCCUGGCCAGUCUCUUCUCAUAUAGCAGAUCUUGCAAUUUUGGCAUUGCCUUGGUUUCUGCUCUCUGAACACCUUCUAACUUUAUUAUGUAGUUGUUUCAUUUGGUGACCAAAUUAUUGCUACAUUUUCUAAUCUUGGAUGUAAUAUUUUUGGCGACUAUUUUUCCUCAUCAUUUGUUCAUCUAGAGAAGCAAAGGCAGCUCUCAUGUUUCUCAGUAAGUGAGAGUUUCUCCUGUUAUCUUAAUUGAUAUCUUUUCGCGGUGAUAAUUUCUCUGAAAAUAUCAUCCUCAGAUCCUAUUCCUUUGUUGUCUUAUUUUUAUUAUUUGUGUGUGUUAAUUCAAUGAAGUAUCACUGAGUGUGGUGGCUGCUGCUCCACCUUUCUGCUGGUUGCUGUGAGAUUCAAUCAUUGUGUGUGUGUGUGUGUGUGUGUGUGUAUGUGUGUGUGUGUGUGUGUGUGAGAAUCAGCUUCCAUAUCAUAGGUAUAAAGGUACUAUAGAAUAAACAUACAUACUGUAUUGUGAAGAUAGUAUGUAUAUAAGAUCAAACUGGAUCAUGAUAAAAUGUUUGAAGAGAUCUGUCAAUGGAGACAAAAGCCAAUUUGUCUCUGCCUGACCCAGGACUGGAGUAAGAGAUCUGAAUGUGUUCAAUAUGCUACUGUUAUAUUAAUUUCUUUUCCAUGUCCAUAAUAGCUUAUAGGAUGCCAUAUUGUUUGUUAUAAGUAUUUACAUAAUGUUUCUCAUUACAAUAAGAUCUGAUAAAAUGUUGACAGACAGGUUGCCAUUAUGUGAAUGUGCAACCUUCCUUCCCCAUGACUGUGAUUAUAGUACUAAAUAUCAGGGAAAUUACACCCUUUGUACUAUCUUAUUUAGUGGUAUCAUAAAAGUGAGAAACCAAGCAAAUAUAUGUAUGUUAAUGCAUCACUGGGCAGUGCAUAUGUGAAGACACAGAGGAUGAAUGCUAUACUUUCAGUCAUUUUAGAUAUACCAGGAGAUAAUCAUCAUUCAUUGAUUACAGAAAUAAUGGAGUGGAAAAGACAAUAUAUGUUCAAGUAUAUAAAAGAAUCCUCCCCCAUUCAUCAUCUUGUGACUUAAGGGUGGGAUUAAAAUACCAGUUCUUGCCAGUGGACUGAACUGCCUUGAAUUAUGUGGCUUCACCUUUGGCUUCAGUGUUUGAUAAGUUUAGCAUUAAUAAAAAAAAUAAAUAAAACUAAAAACUGGAUGUAUAUCGUCCAUCAGAUCUUUAUGUGAUAUUAUGUUUUACAAAUAAUAAUUAAAAUUUUUAGACUAAUGAAUUUAUACACUGGUGUAUAAACAUUUAUUUUUUUAUAAGUAUACUUUUAUAUCAAUUUACCUUUCAAAUAUAUUCUUGCCUAGGC